AUGUCGUCAAGCCAGGUGGAUGACUCGUUUCUUACAAAGUAUCGUAUGCGAACGUUCUUGGGCUUUGCAUUGAUAGGUCUUGCAAACACCAUCCUCGCACGCAUUACCCACGCAGCAAACUAUCUAAUCAUCCCAUACCCAAAGGCUAUCGUCCUGAUACUCGAGCUUCUUCCAUCUGGUUUAACCAAAAUAUUCCUACCGUUUAUUCUUGACUAUAUCCCCCAAAAUGCUCGCCCUGUCCUUCUGGCUGGGUCAUGGAUAUUGGUCAAGACUGUCGUCUCAGCUACGCCCCCCAAUGUGCUACCUUCCGUACGUGUCUUGAUGACAAUUUUGGCUGCCUGUUCUUCGGCCGCUACUGAACUCUGUGUUUUGGACUUGGUUCGGAGCUAUGGUCGGCUUGGACUCAUUGCCUGGGCUGUCGGCACCAGCCUUGGUCAACUGGCCAAUGCUAUGUGGCCAAUAUUGUUGACGUCGUCCAAGGGAAUGACACUAAGAGAAGGAACUGGAUACAUGUACAACAUGGUCUUCACGAUUCUUCUCGCUUACUUCGUCGUCUUGCCGAGAAGUUUUCUUGCAACUGGACGCCGAGAGGUUGACUUGGGCAAGCGAGAGACAACCAACUACUACGACACAGAACUGAUGGGAGAUAACUCGACGGCACCUGAAAAAGCUGCAAGGAAAUUAGUUCGGGACCGUACAUUGCUGUCUGCUGUUACGGUCCAGUACCUACCUACAGUGCUUAUUGCUUCAGCUGCGCAGGCAAUGGUCUUUCCCGGCAUGGCUCUCGCCCUUGAUGGCUCCUCAUUUUCUACGCUUCUCUCGUGGACCUCUGGGCUUGCUUUUGCGCUGUCUCUAGGCAAUCUCUUGGCAAGAUUGUUAACUAUUUCACUCAGACUUGGGAAUCAUAGGGUCGUUUUGAUUCUCCUAGCCUGGAUGGUAGCCCUGUUGCUAGCAGACUCCAUCUUCUUCCUCGGUUCUAGUUGGGUCGUGCUCUGCGUGGCCUUUGGCUCUGGCUUAUUAGGGGGCGCAGUAUAUGUUGAGGUCUUUGACGGCGUGCUGAAGGCGGUCUCUGACCAUCCCGACUGCCUAUUGAACCUUGGUAUCAUCAGUUCGGGUGAUACAGCUGGCAUUCUGCUAGGCGGGUUGAUUGGAUUGUUAUGGGAAGCAGCAAUUUGCAGUGUGACUGUAGACACUGGGAGGUUCUGCCACAGAGUUCAGUGGGGUUAA